AUGCACAAAGUAGGUGUACAAACACGCUUGUCCUUCAACAACAAUUUAGCAGGCGCCAACUCGCUGAACAGGAACGCUAACGCAAUACAGAGAUUCAAUGUUGAAUUACGUGAUGAAAGAGAAGAUCAAACUACUACUCGAGCUCCACAGACCACUUCUAACCCAUUGCUCCAGCUUUUGCAACUCUAUUUUAGAAAUUUAUCUCAAAGGCCAAUACCUAGUGCGGGCUUCCCAUCUCUGCCUCAGUAUCCAUCCUACAGUGGAUACGGAGCCUAUGGUGGUUAUCGGCCCUAUUCCUAUUACUAUUAUUGUUAUGAAUAAUUGUUUUACUUUCUCCAAAUAUGCCUUUGCAUGAGUGUGCAGACUUUAAAUUUCCAAAAUUCAUGCAAAGCUUUGUUUGGCUUUAUGUCUUAUAGGAAGCUAUUGAAUAAAUUGUGAAUCCAAUCAAUGCUAA